UCCAAAAACCGCCAUAGCAUUUCACGAAUCUUACUCAACAAGAAACUCCACCUUCUCCCCAAAACCCAUCCUCUCUCCUCCUUCCCCGUGGUUCGACUACCGGAUCGCAGUACACAGGUGUCCUUCCCUGGCUUCGAAUUCGCCCCCCUCAGGUGUGAUUUCCCUUUAUCAGCCCAUUUUUCUUGCCAUCAAUGUUGGUUUGUUGGUCUUGCGAUGUAUGAGAAUGAGAGGUUCUAUUGAACUGUGAAGUGCAGGCUUAUAUGGGAAAUCAACCACCAGCAUGAAAUGAAGAAACAAUUUCUUGAUAACAUGAACUUUGUAAGAGAAAAAGGUAUCGCUAGCAAAUUCCGGCAGAUAUUUGAGCCGUUUCCUUGACCAUUUGACUGGUUUUUCUAUAGAUUAAAGCUUUGUCCCCUUGCUACAAAUUAGAGGCUUGGCUCCCUACCCCUUUUAAUCCCUCAAUUGACAAAAUUAUUCGAGAAAUAUAAUAACCCUUUACUGAAAGUAGAAUUCCUCUUCUGUCCAUCUUUUGUCUUGAAACCAGUGCUUCUAAAUCAAACCUGAAAAUAGCCAUUUUGUGAACUAGGUUUUAGUUAUUUUCCUUUUUUUAGUUUCAAAUGUCUUGUUUAUAUAUUACUUUUAGCUUCUUUUCUCUAGCAACAACUUGAGCCAUCCAUCAAUAAUACAUGAACCAAUGAUCAGCCCAAGAUGGAAGUCCAAGAAAAAGAUUUUGAAAAGAAUCUUGAUGAAUUAAGACAAUUAUACAUGCUCCUACAAGCCAGUGAAGAAGAUUAUUGUAUGGACAAGGGAGCGCAAUUCUUAUUGAAGAAUCUCCUAGACUCUGCUACAGACAACUUAUUACUAGCUCGUUUUAAGGCAGUUUCAGAGCAUUUUUCGUCGCCUAAGCCUCAGGACAGAAAGAAACGCUGUAGUGUUUGUCAACGAACUAAUAUCAAGCGCCAAAACUCAGCUAAUAAUACAUACAAAUAUGAAGAGAAGGACAAGGCUCUAAUACCAGAGUCAGUUGGUUAUUGUUCGAGUUAUGAGGGCAUUCAGAUAGAUAAGAAUCCAGUGGAAAUACCCAGUGAUUUCUCCAAACAAGUGUCUAACUCAAUCAAAAUGAUUGAAUCUUUGCAGCUUUCAUCCAGUUCGUUGGAUCCAGGCAAAACUGAUAGUCCUAUAGUGCAAUUAAAAGGAGCAAUUACUACUGGUGAUUUUAAUCAUACUGGUGAGACUAGUAAAAAGCAUUGGGAGACAGGUUCAAGUCAGGUUCCUAAUUUCAAGUACAAGUUCGACAGAAUCAUGGCACAAAGUGAAACAGCAACAUUUCAGUCUUAUGUUCAUGGGUUACGGAUUCCUCCAGCUCCUGGAAACACUCAUAGCCACAAUUUGAAGAUUGAGAAGCGAUUGUCUACUCAGAUAAGCCAAAAAGAUUUAAGGACUCAUCAGUUAGAGAAAAGCGUUGGCAAAUUUGAGAAAUUGAGACCAUCAAUGCAACCCCAGUUAGAGGAAUCUUCCACAGGAUACAGUCAUAACAAAACACAGGCUCAGUUGCUUGUGAAGCCGACGCUGCUAGGAGAUUAUGACUCUCCACAUUUGCAUAAUGACUAUUGCCAUGUUAACCAGAUGACAGAGAGGCAGCCAGCAAGAUCGACAUAUCAGCAAGAAUCAGACCACACAGAAAUUUCAAGCUGUAGCUCUUCCAACAGCUGGACAAGUCAGCUAGAAACCAAAUCUAGCAGCACCAAGAGCAAUGACAUGUCAAAAAGGCGACCCGCAACUGCAAGUAGUAUAGAGAGUAGGAGCUCAGCAAGUUACAAAAAUGUAGUAAGUGGAAGUCCUCCACAUAGGGCUGAUCGUACUAACAGAAUGUACAACAGAUCAAGUCCUGAUAAAGCAAUCGGACGGCUAAGGAGGUUGAAGAACAAGUUAGGACUAAUCUUUCAUCAUCACCACCACCACCACCACCACCAUCACCAUCAUCAGAACAACGACCGAAACAUGUCCAUUUGGAAGCACGUGCACCAGAUUUUUAACCGCAAAGAGAAACAGAAGGUUUAUGAGAAACAAGCAGUUGCAAAAAUGAAAACAUCAGCAAUCAGUAAGAAUCAAGUUGGACAAUUUCGUGGACUAGUACAAGCGAUGAUGAAGCAUGCUAGACAUUCAAAGAAACCAACGCGGUCCAAGGGCGGUAUUGGAGAAGCUCAUCCUAAUAAGCGUAGUUGGAAGAUGUUUCAGCCUCGCAGUGGAGUUAAGCUGCCUAAUAGAGGGCGGGUCAAGCUCCAGUUUAUGAGUCAGAAACCACAGCUAAGAGCAACUAAGAAAAUUACUUAGCACUCAAUUUGUGCGUGGCAAAAUAGCACAGCUUUUCUUUGGCAGAGAGAAUAUUUUUCUUAAUUUUUAUAAUUUUUUUUGUGGGAUGUGGUUAACCCACAUGGGAUACAUUGCACUAAC